GUGAGAGAGGAGGAGACAGGAGGCUGAGCCAGAUUUCCCUUCAGACACUCCCCGUCUUUAAAGGCCCUGAGCUCAGCUAACAGUCCCUGGACUCAACUGGAGUGUGGAUCUCAGCGUACAGGGCCAGUGUGACGUAAACACAACGCUGAACCUUAUCUUGGGCUGUCCAUCCAGGGUCCCCAACCCCCUCGGUAUCUGAGGCCCACCCUGGGAGAGCAGUCUCCUGAAGAGUACCCACCUCUGGAGGGUCUGCCUCACAGUAUCCCUGGAGAGAUCUGUACUUUUUGGGAAAUGCAUCUGGAACAAUUCACCAACAUCUGCUUCUUUUUAGCAGCACAUUUCCACUGGCAUGAUUCAAGUAUAGCAAUGGAUCCUGAAGUUUCACGCAUCCAAGAUGACCCAGACGUCAAGGUGAUGAUGGCAGGGUCGACUCUGAGAAAAGUCAAGUCACGAUCGUGGAAGAAGCAGCGGCAUUUCCGCCUUCUGGAGGACGGCGUGACAAUCUGGUACAAGUCCAGAUGGGCGGGGAGAGGCCACUCCACUUUCCCAAUUACCGAGGUGGAGGCUGUGCGUGAGGGCCACCAGUCGGAGGUCCUGCUGAGCAUCGCUGAGGAGUUCCCCGCUGACCACUGCUUCACCUUGGUGUUUCACGGUCGCCAAGGCAACCUGGACCUUGUGGCCGAUUCGCCAGAGGAAGCCAAGGCCUGGAUCCAGGGAGUGCGUAAGCUGAUUCACAAGUCUCAAACGAUGGAUGAGAAGGAGAGGCUGGACCAGUGGGUCUGGGACUGGUUUCAGAAAGCUGACAAAAACAAAGAUGGGAAGAUGAAUUUCAAAGAGGUGCGGAAACUGCUGAAGAUGAUGAACGUCGACAUGAAUGAGGACCAUGCUUUGCAUCUCUUCACGAUGGCUGACAAGUCAGAUUGUGAAUCUUUGGAAAUCGAGCAGUUUGUCCACUUCUAUAAGAUGCUGACUCAGAGGGAUGAAGUGUGGAAGGUGUUCCAGGACUACUCCGGAGAUGGAGAGAAGUUAAUGUUGGAGGAGCUGGAGAACUUCCUGAGCGUAGAGCAGCAGGAGGGAGAGCAGAGUUCCCAGCAUGCCCAGGAGCUGAUUGACCGCUACGAACCAUCUGAAUCCGCCAAGAAGCAAGGCGCCAUGUCGUUAGAUGGCUUCCAGAUCUACCUGUGCUCACAGGAGGGCUCCGUAUUUAAACCUGAGCAUCGGCAGCUUCACCAGGACAUGAGCCAGCCGCUUAGCCACUACUUCAUCUCCUCCUCACACAACACCUACCUACUGGAGGACCAGCUGCGAGGACAGAGCAGCCAGGAGGCAUACAUCCAGGCCCUGAAGAGAGGCUGUCGUUGUGUAGAGGUGGACUGCUGGGACGGCAGCGAUGGGGAACCCGUCGUGUAUCACGGCCACACUUUGACUUCCAAGAUUCUUUUUAAAGACGUCAUUUCAACGCUGAAGGAAUACGCCUUCAAGGUAUCGGACUUCCCAGUCAUCCUGUCCCUUGAGAAUCACUGUAGUGUGGAGCAGCAGACAGUCAUGGCCCAGCACCUUAGCCAGAUCUUGGGUGACACACUACUGACCACCCUACUGGAUGGGCAGGUCCCUCAACAGCUUCCUUCUCCAGAGGAGCUGAAGGGGAAAAUUUUGCUGAAAGCCAAGAAGAUUAGCGGUCCGGAAGACUGCCUCGAUGAAACCCUGACAGACGAAGUUAGCGAUGACGAAGAGAUGGCCAACGAUGAUGCUGAGAUCCUGUCUAUAGAUGACCAACCUGCUGAGUGUUUGAACCACACUGGGAAGAAAUCCAAGUCCAAACUGUCCAGGGAGCUGUCAGACUUAGUGGUUUACUGCAAGAGUGUGCACUUCCAUGGCUUUGAGUAUGCUCGAUCACACACCAAAUGCAAUGAGAUGUCCUCAUUCUCUGAGUCCAAGGCCAAGAGGCUUGCUAAGGACGCAGGGACCGAUUUUGUGCAGUACAACACACGGCAGCUGAGCAGGAUCUACCCCAGUGGCCUCAGGACGGACUCCUCCAACUACAACCCGCAGGAGAUGUGGAAUGUGGGCAAUCAGAUAGUGGCUCUAAACUUCCAGACAGCUGGUCUGGAGAUGGAUCUGAACGAUGGGCUGUUCGGGCAGAACGGCGGCUGCGGAUACGUCCUCAAGCCUGCCUUCAUGAGAGACGGCAACACCCAGUUCAGUCCAGAGAAACCAGAAGAGCGACCAGGCUACAAACCACUUCGCUUAUCCAUACAGGUGAUCAGUGGGCAGCAGCUACCAAAGGUGAACCAGAAAGAGGGCUCUAUUGUAGACCCCCUGGUCAGAGUGGAGAUCUAUGGAGUGCCACAGGACCAGGCCAAGGAAGAGACCAGUCACAUUAAUAACAAUGGUUUUAACCCAGUCUGGAAUGAAACUUUAAAUUUUGUCAUCCACGUCCCUGAGCUGGUCCUGGUUCGCUUCGAGGUGGAGGACUACGAUAAGGCGUCCAGGAACGACUUCAUUGGACAGUUCACUCUUCCGUUUACGUGCAUCCAACCAGGGUAUCGUCACAUAAAUCUGCUCUCCAAAGAUGGAACAGCUAUCCCUCCCGCCUCCCUCUUUGUCAACAUCGGCAUCUCAGAGCUCACAUGAAGAACUCUAAUCUGAGGAUAUGAGGCCAGAGGUGGACACGAGUCCUGUGUCUUCAUUUGCCUGAAGAACGAUGAGAACAGCAUGCAACGAUGCUUUUAUCUGAUAUUGGCUGGCUAAAGUAGGGUAGGAAAAUGGAAAAUGUAUCCUGUUUUUGCUAACUUAAAGGUGCAAUGUGUAAAAUCCGGCCAGCAUUUUAGUUUAAAACUGAUCUGACAUUAUCAGCAUGUGAACAGUGAUGAAAUUAUGUCAAAGAUGUCUACGUAUUGUGUUACAGAGAUAGCUACUGAAAUGAGCAUGCUAACCAGCUAGCCCCGCCCCGUCCUGUCUUGUAAUACCACUUAUGUACCUUGAGAGACGAUAGUGAGUCACUGUAGCGUCCAGUCUGCCCUCAGUCCAACAUGAGAGGACGAAGAAGUAGUGCUGCCCCGAGGGCUUGCCCGAUGGAUGUAUUAAGAGAAGUGGAUACAGCGUUGAAAAACAUAUCUUUAGUCCAACUAAUGACAACACAAACCAUACCGACAAACAUUCCAAAAGGCGUUGAUAUGGUUUGGCUAUUGUCUUGCUACCAUGGUCUUGCUAAAACUGAGCUAAGUCAGCCAUAACGUAAAUUCUGUGAAGAUUAUAAUAUUGCAUUGUUAUUUUGACCGGCUCUCAGAGUUUCAGCAGUUUGGUCGAAUUUUGGAGGAGGUGAAAUGCCGCCCCCUAUUUGUUCGGAGCAUGUGGCCAGGCUUUACACAUUGCACCUUUAAAAUAGCAAUCAGCAGAAAUCAGACUCAGUUAUUUGUUUCUCAGCAUUAUUCACUCAAACAAGGAGUUCAGAAUCAGAAAUACUAUAUUGAUCCCCAGUUGCUCUGGUAUAAACAUCAAGAAUGAUAAGAAAAUAGAAAUAAAAGAGUAUGUAACAUGUACAUAAUGCUACAAUGUGGGUUUCUGUAAUAGAGGACUCUACUCAAAUUGAUUGAAUCAAUUAAAGGGAAUCAUAAAAUAA